GGAAGAUUAUGUGUCCGACUCGUACGACAGCCAAUCAGACUCUCCUCACCCUUCUGAGCCGGUAGUACCCCUGCCCAAACUCAAGCUCGUUCUACCUCCACUCAAGGAUCUGAAGCGAUCCGCCAAAAAGUCCAAGUCCAAGUCCAAGAAGGGGCCCUUUGCGUAUUCAGAGUAUGGAGAUUCUCCUGCCCAGCAGAAAGUGCCCCGGCCCGUGAAAUUGAAGCCUCUGAAAGAAGUUUUGAGUCGCCUCAUAGUGUUGCUGAAGAAGUAUGUCGCUCCUAUCCUCGUCGUCCUCCUGAUAGACGAUGGAAUAGGAAGGAUGACUAUGCGUUUUUCCUCAAGCCUGUAGACCCAAACAACGUUCCCGGCUACCUCGAUGUCGUCAAGCGGCCAAUGGAUCUAGGAACCAUGGGUGUUAAGGUCGAGAAGGGGAGAUAUCGCUCACUAGAUGAUUUCGCCAACGAUCUUAAGCUGGUCACAUCCAACGCCAAAGCGUUCAAUCCCGAAGGCACGAUCUACCACACCGAAGCCGAUCGUCUCGAAACAUGGGGCUUGGAUCAGAUCAGCAAAGCGGCUUCGACUGUGAUACAGUACGAGACAGACUGGAAUAUGGAUGGGGACAAUGAAGGAAUUGAGGACGAUGCGGAUGAUUACUCUCUGGCCGUCGACGCACCCCAAGACGUCGAGACACGCAGUCGUUCCCCUUCCUUGUCGCUCGGGACUUCUCGCCUCAAUAUGCUCCGAAGGGGCCCCAGAGGACCGUACAAUAAGAAAGAGAACGCGGUCACUGUGGCCGAAACCAUAGAUGCCGAAGGACGAUUACCCGGCUCAAAGGACGGGCUUGGGGCAUUCCCACCUAAUUCUGAUCUAGCCAGGACUAUGCUGAUGUUGAAGCACAAAGGCAAGCGGUACAAGACGAAGAAGGAACGACUGCGUUUCGAGAAAGACGGACCGCCGUUCCGCAACGACGGGAGUCUCGACUACACUGAAGUGGAGGACCCAUUCUCUUACUUCUCUGGCCUUGUGCCCGAGCCUCUCACCCGCCCUCAACUCGUGCCAUUAUACCAUUCACAGCCCGUGCCCGUCUCGAACGUGCCCACGCUUCUACGGGAAGCGACCGCCACCCCAAGCCCCGCCGGUCCAUCAUAUCCGAUGCCCACCAUGUUCCCGUCGUCUGCGCAACUCCCCCAACCAGCUGCCUCCACGUCAGACAAGCAUUGGUCUGUCCUCCGCGGUGGUGUUCCACGCCGAUUGAAGGAAGAGUCCGGGACGAACACCGAGGACCUCGAAGAACACGCCCGCGAGCCACAUGCGCUCGAUUUUGGCUCCUUGGCCGUCUUGGCGGGCGAACUCGCGGCCGAAAUGCGUCGUCGCGGUGAAUUUCUGCCGGAGGCGAUUGAGGAAGCAGACGUUCUGCAGAAGACGGCAGUCAGGCUGAGCCUACAGAUACCCCCAACAGCUGCGCAGCCGGAUGAUGAUUACUGGAGUGUCUCGCAUGCUCACGACGCGGAGACUUACAUUCGGGAUGUGGUAUACGGCGGUCUCGAUGGCCUCGCUUAUGCCCGCAGUCUGGCUGAAUUCGUAUCCACUCCCGCACUAGAUUGCGAUUCGCCAGCGACGCCAGAUUCGCGCCCCUUAGGAAUGAGUCUGCCGACUUGGGUUUCGCGGAACGUGCUGGACCCGCUGACCGGCGGCCGCCACGCUCUUCUGCAGCAGACUGCAAUGCAACUGAAGUCUGCUUCAUGUGUGGUGGAUGAGGACGACAGCAAACUGCCGGCGCUGGUCGCGGCUGCUGUCCAGGUUCGACCACAGGCUGCUUCGUCUCUUGCGGCUCUGCGCCAGAUCCAGACAUAUCAGAUCGACAUGGGCGCCCUGCUGCAGUCUGCAGAGGAUAUGACACACAGCGAAAAGGAAUGGGAAGGCCACGGACUCGAGCCGGACAAGGUCGAUCUGAAUGCUGUGCUCGACUACGUCGCCGACGCACUCUAUCUGCUGCAAGCCGAGCAGGACGGCCACAUCAAACUCGAGCCGGAUGUGAACAUGGACACGGGCGAGAGUGCCGUUCUCCGCAAUCUGCGACUGAACUUGCUGGAGCUGGCCAAAAGGGCCCCUGUAGACACACUGGCGAGACUUCCGGGCUCAGAUCUCGUGCCGGAAUUGUAUCGGCCGUUUGUACCCACCCUGAGUACUUGAGUCUUGUAAUGUGGUGUAUGUAUGUCUUGGGUGAUCAUGGAUUGUUGAUGGUCACGGGAUCGCGUCUGAUCGCCUUGGCGCGGUUGUCUACGUGACCUUGACUGCGCCCAGCCGUCUCAGACGCUUGACUUGCCUCUGAUGCAAUGCAUUCUCGAAUUCGAUAUCCACGCGCGCUCUCAUGCUGCUAUAUCCCCGAGUCCUUGAUAGCCAUUUUCCCAGCAGACCCGCCACUGUGGCACGGCGUUGCAACAGAUGUCUCACCGGACACUGAAGCGGGAUGGAGUCUGUCGCCACGCAGGCCGCCCGAGGUUGAUCCUGACUGGUGCUUGGACUCUCGCUGGUCAUCUCCGUGUCCUGUCUCGGAGGGAUCGCCGUGUACUGAGACUCGACCAAAAGCGAUCCACCCCUCCUAUACUCAGCCCCUCCUCGAGUCUGCUAUAAAUACGACGCGUCCUCAACUAGAGAAGACACGCUCGUCGACAGCUGGACGCUCGUCUCCUUGUUUCCUCCCGCUGGCUGCGCUACCUUGAUGGGAGAGUGCUUGGGCUUUGGUAGACGCGUAGACCCAGCCUCUGAUUAGCGCUUGGGCUUGGACCGUCCCUAGUGAUGCGAGGGCUUCCUUGUCGCGAGGCAGAGGGUGAAUCGGCU